AUGAAAUCCUUAUUCGGGAGUCUGUUUUGCUGCUUCUCUGUCCUGGCGCUGGAGGUCAGCGCGCAGGACGCAGGGGCGACCCUCUCCCAAAGUUACGCGCAGGUUCGACACGGCGGCCGGCAGCGCGCUUCGCAGAGAGCCCAGACGCCGCGAAGGACCCUGAAUCCCGCAGGGGCAGGAUCGAGCUGCGUAAGCCGCCCGCUAGACUUGGUCUUCAUCAUUGACAGCUCUCGCAGCGUGCGGCCAGGUGAGUUUGAGAAGGUGAAGAUCUUCUUGGCUGACAUGGUGGACACACUUGACAUCGGCCCAGAUGCCACCCGGGUUGCUGUGGUCAACUACGCCAGCACAGUCAAAAUCGAGUUCCUGCUGAAGGACCAUCUCAACAAGGAAGAGAUGAAGCAGGCUCUGUCUCGCAUUGAGCCACUGGCAGCCGGGACCAUGACUGGCUUGGCCAUCAAAACCGCCAUGGAGGAGGCCUUCACCGAGGAGUCUGGCGCCCGGCCACGGGACAAGAACAUCUCAAAGGUGGCCAUCAUUGUGACGGACGGCCGGCCACAGGACCAGGUGGAGGAGGUGUCGGCCGCGGCCCGCGCCUCUGGGAUAGAGAUCUACGCCGUGGGGGUGGACCGGGCCGACAUACAGUCCCUGCGUCUCAUGGCCAGCAACCCUCUGGACGACCACGUCUUCUACGUGGAGACCUAUGGCGUCAUCGAGAAGCUCACCUCUAAGUUCCGGGAGACGCUGUGCGGUCAGGACCCCUGUGCCCUGGGACAUGACUGCCAGCAUGUGUGUGUCAGCAGCCAGGGCUCCUAUUACUGCAGGUGUUGGGACGGCUUUGUCUUGAACGAGGACAAGAAAACUUGUUCCAAGCAAAGUCAGGACCCCUGUGCCCUGGGACAUGACUGCCAGCAUGUGUGUGUCAGCAGCCAGGGCUCCUAUUACUGCAGGUGUCGGGACGGCUUUGUCUUGAACGAGGACAAGAAAACUUGUUCCAAGCAAAGUCAGGACCCCUGUGCCCUGGGACAUGACUGCCAGCAUGUGUGUGUCAGCAGCCAGGGCUCCUAUUACUGCAGGUGUCGGGACGGCUUUGUCUUGAACGAGGACAAGAAAACUUGUUCCAAGCAAAGUCUGGACCCGUGUGCCAGGGGACAUGACUGCCAGCAUGUGUGUGUCAGCAGCCAGGGCUCCUAUUACUGCAGGUGUCGGGACGGCUUUGUCUUGAACGAGGACAAGAAAACUUGUUCCAAGAAAAAAGUGAGGGCGGAGGUGACUGUGGAUCCCUGCAAGUGUGAGGCUCAGCUGGCCUUCCAGAGAGCAGCACAGGCCUCCAUUCAGGAGCUGAAUGCAAAACUAGCUGACAUCUCCAGCAGAGUGGAGCAGAUUGAGAAUGGACUGCGUGGUUUCUAG